AUGACUGAGCUAGAGAGCCAUGUCACGAUACAGAAAAGGUCGUUUUACUCGCCGCCAUGGGCGGAUGUGAGUAUCAUUGCCGUGGCUGGUAGUUCGGGCUCGGGCAAAUCAACCAUUUCCCAGGCCAUUGUUCGGAAACUCAAUCUUCCUUGGGAUUCCUUCUACAAGACUCUGACGCCUGAGCAAUCCAAAUUGGCAUUUGCCAAUGAAUACGACUUUGACUCGCCAGCUGCCAUCGAUUUUGACAUUCUCGUCGAGAGGUUACGGGACCUCAAGGCCGGGAAGCGUGCCGAGAUCCCCGUGUAUUCCUUCGAGCAGCAUCAGCGUCUAGAACGGACAACUUCUAUUUACUCACCGCACGUCCUCAUUCUCGAAGGCAUCUUUGCUCUGUACGACCCUCGGGUCCUCGAACUUUUGGAUAUGGGGAUAUAUUGUGAGGCAGACGGCGACACAUGUCUUGCACGACGUAUUAUUCGUGACGUCCGUGAGCGAGGGCGAGAUAUCGAAGGCUGUGUCAAGCAGUGGUUUGCCUAUGUGAAGCCCAACUUUGAGAAGUACGUUGAACCUCAGAGGAAGAUGGCCAACUUGAUUGUCCCUAGAGGUAUUGAGAACCAAGUGGCACUGGACAUUAUGGUGCAAUACAUUGAGCGCAAGCUGUUUGAAAAAUCGAGGCAUCACCGCGAUGCCCUGUCCAAGCUCGAGAUGGAAGCCAAAGAUCGACCUCUAUCGAGCCGGGUCGUUAUACUCCCCGACACGGCGCAGCUCAGGUUUAUGCAUACGAUCCUACAGGACAUUGACACCAAUGCCGAGGAUUUCAUCUUUUACUUUGACCGAUUGGCGAGUCUGAUAAUCGAGCAAGCCCUCAACAACGUCCAUUUCAAGUCCCAAGUCAUCGAGACCCCCCAGGGAUACAAGUACCAGGGACUGGCACCAAAGGGAGAGGUCAGCGCUGUGAUCGUGCUCCGGGGCGGGUCGGCCUUUGAGUCAGCGCUGCACAAGACGAUACCGGACUGCAGGACGGGUCGGGUUCUCAUCCAGUCCAAUUACUCGACCGGGGAGCCGGAGCUGCACUAUCUGACGCUGCCCGACGACAUUAACGAGCACGAGAGCGUCCUACUCCUAGACACGCAGAUGGCCAGCGGCGGGGCGGCCCUUAUGGCGGUGCAGGUCCUGGCUGAUCACGGCGUGGCCCUGGAUAGGAUCGUCCUGGCCACGUACUCGGCCGGCAGAGUGGGUCUGCACCGACUUACGACGGUGUUCCCGGAGAUCACGGUGGUGGUGUGCAACAUUUUGGCGGACCAGGAGCCCCGAUGGGUCGAGCAGCGAUAUUUCCGGUGCUGA